AUGACACCAACACUUCCCGGAGAUUUUCUGUGGGGAUUUGCCACAGCUAGUUACCAGAUCGAAGGUUCCGCUAACGAAGGGCGUCGGGGUCCAUCUAUCUGGGACACAUUCACCCGCAUUCAGGGGAAAAUACGCGACGGCAGCACCGGCGAUGUGGCGACCGAUUCCUACAAACUAUGGAAGGAGGACAUAGCUGUACUGAAAUCGUAUGGCGUUAAGUCCUACCGCUUUUCUCUAUCAUGGUCGAGAAUCAUUCCUUUGGGUGGUCGCAAUGACAAAGUCAAUCGGGACGGGAUACGGUUCUACCGAAGUUUUAUCCAGGAGUUGUUGGACAAUGAUAUCGCGCCCUUCGUCACUCUGUACCACUGGGACUUGCCGCAGGGUCUCCACGACCAGUACCUGGGGUGGCUCAACAAGGACGAGAUCAUAAAGGAUUAUGUUCAUUAUGCGCAAGUUUGCUUCGAAAACUUUGGGGAUCUUGUCAAGCACUGGUUUACCCAUAACGAGCCAUGGUGCGUAGCGGUCCUCGGCUACGGGACAGGGGUCUUUGCCCCAGGCCGUUGCAGCGAUCGGGCAAAGUCACCCAGUGGCGACUCGGGUUGCGAGCCUUGGCUCGUAGCGCAUAAUCUAAUACUAGCCCACGCGUACACCGCAAAACUCUACAGGGAAAAGUUUGCGCCGAUUCAAGGUGGCCAGAUAGGAAUCACCUUAAAUACGAACUGGUACAUGCCCUACGACGACAAAGCCGAAAAUAUUGUAGCCGCGAAACGGGCUAUCGAGGAUCCAAUCUAUAAGGGCGACUACCCUGGGGUGCUCAAGGAAAUGAUUGGCGGUCGCCUGCCUAAAUUCACGGAUGACGAGAAGGCCGUGAUUCGCAAUUCAUCGGACUUCUUUGGGCUAAAUACCUACACCACACAUCUCACUCUGGAGGGAGGGGACAAUGAAUGGAACGGGAAGGUGAAGACCACGCACACCAAACCAGACGGGACCCAACUUGGGACGCAAUCGGCGGCGCCGUGGCUUCAAACCGUCACAGAAAAUGGUUUCGCGGUGCAAAAUGAAGACACCAUGUCGCUUGAGCAAGCCCUCCAGGAUAAGGACAGACUCGAGUAUUAUCAACAAUAUACCCAAGCUCUGCUUGACGCCGUCAAAGAGGGUGAGGAUGUCAAAGGUUACUUCGCUUGGAGUACGUCGGCCGAUGGUUAUACUAUCCGUUUUGGGGUCACAUACGUGGACUACGGGACGCUAAAGCGUUAUCCGAAGGAGUCAUCGAAGUUCCUUGUCCAGUGGUUCAACGAGCAUAUUGCAAAGUGA